CCUUGACGCCGAGGGAAACACGAUCAUGUUCCGUGCUGUUGUGGUGGAAAUAAAGUGAGUCGUGUCCUUGUGCCCGCCGGUCGUCACCGCAGCCGGCUGCUCUAUCGGAACGGAGGAGGCCGACUGUCCGCUCUGUGAGUCACUGCCCUCGGACACCGAGAAGCGCGGUCGGUGCGCCCAGUGCCAGUCAGUCACAGUGAUUGGUGGGUCGCCCUUGGGGCCGACUUGCAGAGCGGCUGACCCGGCUUAUGUCUCCCCCGCGGCCGCGAGCGAGCAGAGAGGAGUUGGGGCAAGGGGGAGGUGGGGAGAGUUUUAGUGGUCAUCUUCCCAAAGCUGGACACUCGACCCGGGUGUCGUCCCAUGAUGUACACCAUCAGCAGAGGACCCAGCAAACUCGUUACACAACGGAGGACGACAGCACUCCACCCCCGAAGAUCGUGUUCAACCGCCUCAAUGGGAAACGUUACCACACUGCGUCCACGCGGAAGCUCGACAGCCCGGCAGAGGGAUUCACUCCUGCACACGAGGAGAACGUCAAAUUUGUGUAUGAAGCAUGGCGGGAGGUGGAGCAGAAGCUGGGAGACGAUGGGGAAUCGAGGGGCAGCUGGGGGCCUGUUCAGUUCACAGAGAAGACCCCCAAUGCUGUCAUGACGAACUUUGUUCCCAUCGACCUGGAGGAGUGGUGGGCUCAGCGCUUCCUUGCAAACAUUGCAGACCUGUGUUGAUUGCGUUGAAGAGCUCAAACGCAUCAGGAAGCAAAGUGUCGAUGCUCCUUCAGCAAAGGCGCCACCAGGGUUGAAAGGAAAGUCACAUCAGGCUUCAGGAUGCUCCGUGGGAAGCUUUGGCCACCAUUUGGCGCUUGAUCUGAAGUUUCAUGCUGCUUUAAGGAGAACUGAGCACUCCAAACAGCCAAGAUGUGAUGUUGUGUUGCUGCAAAAUGGCCGCUCUCUACUUGAAUGGCGCAUUUGAAGUUGUUUUUCUUGUUCAGAAAGAGCUUCCCUCAUUCGUCAUGUGUGCUCUGUUCUAUGUACUUUACCAAGUCAUCUUUGGAUCUGAAUCUACCGAAGAGCACAAGUAAAAUAAUUUUCAAAACAU